AUGAUAAAAGCUGUAUUAACAUUAUUAUUCAUUUCCUAUUCAUAUGCUGUUAAUGUAGUUGAUUCUCAAGCUAAGGAGCAAAUUAAAUUUAGUGCAAAGUUAGAACUAGAAAAUCCUAAUCAUGUGCCAUUUCUAGAAAUAAUAAAUAGUGAAUUUUCUAAAGUUAAAGAUUUUUCCCCUGAUUUAGUGAAAAAUGGUUAUACAUGUUCAUUUAAUAAAUUUGAUAUUAUUAUUCAUAAUUCAUCAGAAGCAAUUAAUAAAUUAUUUGUUGUUGGUAAUGAAAACUAUGUAAGAUGGGCUGCUGACGAAUAUAAACUAAGGUUGAUGCUUACAUUAGAUCAUUUAAGUUCAACAACUUCAUUAAAAAAUUUAGAAUAUAAUUCUCAAAAUGUUACUAGCCGAUAUUUUUCUGAUUUAAGGAGAUAUUUUUUUGAAUUAAAUAAUGAAAAUUCAUCAGAUGAAGGAGAACCAAAUGACAUUUCGGAUGAAGAAGAAGUGAAUCAAGUUGCAUCCAAUUAUGAUUCUAAUGAAGAAUCUAAAGAAGUUAAUUCAGAUUUAUCUGAAGUAGAAAAUAAAGAAGAAAGUGGUGAAACCUUAAAUAAUUCAUUACAAAAAGUAUCAUAUACAUAUCAGAGUUCUCAAAUAGUUAGUUAUAAUAAUAUGAAUAUGUCAAACCAAACUGAAGGAUUCUCAAUCGAUGAACCAUUGACCAAACAGAAUGCACUUAAUAUUUUAAUACUAAAUUCUACUUUUUCGGUUGAAGGAGAAUGUAUUAAAGGUGAAGAAAAAAAAGAAAAUGAUUUAUGUAUAAGAUUUAGAAGUAAGCUAGGAACAAAUAUUUUAUCAACUUUAUGUGAAUCAUCAGGAAAAAAUUUUUUAAGAAAAUUUAAUGGAGGUAAUAAUAAUAUUUUAUUAAAUAACGAAUCAUUGAAUGAAAUGAUGGGAGGAAUGUAUAAAUUAAUUGAAAGUAUUUUUGGUAAUGAUAAAAUGUUUUCUCCAUUUUUAAAGGAUUUAAAUGUUUUAUCAAAUUCAGGACAACUUGGAUUUAAUAUGGAUGAAAUAGUAGGCCAAGCUUUAAAUGGAAAUUUAGGAGAUGAAGAAAGUGAAACAGUUAAUGAAGAAAAUUCUUCUUCAAAUAAUGAUGGUAAUGAUGAAAAUACUGAAGUUCAAAAUUAA